AUGGCUAGGCAGGCUCUGAGGAGUACUCUGUGGCUUCUGCCAGGCUUCUUACUGUGUUUCCCAUUCUGUCCUCCUUUGAGUGGCCAGCAUGUGACAGAGAUGCCAGGUGUGCUCCACUGUGGGCUGCAGAACUUCCAAUUUACUGUGACCCUCAGCCUGGAGGCAGAGAGGCCUGUGCUAACAGCUUGGGAUAGCCAAGGGCUGCCUCACAGGCUGAAAAAUGAUUCUGCCUGUGGUACGUGGGUGAUGGACAGUCCUGAUGGAUUCCUUGUGUUGGAAGCUGACUACAAUGGCUGCUAUGUCACUCUGGAGGGCUCCCACUACGUUAUGAUGGUCGGAGUGCAAGAGGUGGAUGUAGCUGGACCUGUGGCAGAGACGAGAAAGAGACUGCUUAGGUGCCCUUUGGACCUUCGAGCCCCAGAUGCUACAAGUACUGAAGUGUGCAGUCCUGUGCUGGUAAGGGAAAGGCUGUCUUGUGCUCCCUCGCCUAUCUCUCCAGAAGACUGUGAAGAGCUGGGCUGCUGCUACAGCACUGAAGAGGAAGAGGCGGGCUCCUGUUACUAUGGAAACAGAGUGACCUUCCACUGCACCAGAGAUGGCCGCUUCUCCAUUGCUGUGUCCAGGAAUGUGACCUCGCCACCCCUGCACUUGGAUUCACUACGCUUGGCCUUCAGGAAUGACAGUGGGUGUGAUCCUGUGAUGACAACACCAACCUUCGCCCUGUUCCAAUUUCCAUUUACUUCUUGUGGGACCACAAGGCAGAUCACUGGAGACCAGGCCAUAUAUGAAAAUGAGCUAGUGGCCAUUCGGGAUGUAAGAGUUUGGAGCAGUGGCACUGUUACCCGAGACAGCAUCUUCAGGCUCCGAGUUAGCUGCACUUACUCUGUUCUCAGCAACACAUCCCCGAUUAGCAUGCAAGUGCUGACUCUCCCACCACCCCUUCAUAAGGCCCAGCCUGGGUCCCUCUCUCUGGAACUUCAGAUUGCCAAGGAUAAAAACUAUGAAUUUUACUAUGGUGCUGCUGACUACCCACUGGUGAAAUUACUCCAAGACCCUAUUUAUGUGGAGGUCUCCAUCCUUCACAGGGCAGACCCCUCCUUAGGGCUGCUGCUGGAUCAGUGUUGGGCCACACACAGCCCUAACCCUUUUCAUCAACCACAGUGGCCAAUCCUGGUGAAAGGAUGCCCAUAUGCUGGAGACGACUAUCAGACUAAAAGGAUUCCUGUCCAGGAAGCGUCGGGCCCCUUUCCUUCUCAUCACCAACGCUUUAGCAUCUCCACCUUCAGCUUUGGAAACGCUGUAAGGGAGAAGCAGGGUUUUGGGGGACAGGUGUAUCUGCACUGCAGUGCAUUGGUCUGUCAGCCUGCUGGGACACCAUCCUGUGUGGCAAUCUGCCCUGCUUCAAGGAGAAGAAGAAAAUCUGAGCUUUAUUUUGAGAACAACACAGCCAGCGUAUCCAGCAAGGGCCCCUUGAUCCUUGUCCACACCACCAAGGACCCUGGAGACAUGCUUUAUAGAUACCCAAGCACCCCCAUGGAUUCCUCUGCUCUCUGGGUAUCAGGACUUUCUGCAACCAUGAUUGUCAUUGGAGUCUUGUUUGUAUUCUACUUGGCCAUAAGAAAACAGAGAUGA